AUUGAAGCCAAAUCAAGAAUGCAAGAAUGAUUGUAAAAUGUGAAUAAUUCUUGAAUCUUAAACUAUUCUUUCGUUCGCUCAGGUAGUACGAGCACGUUUUCUCGAGGCUAACCAAACAUGCGGUGCAACUUCGUUUAAUAGCUAUUUUGAUUUAUUAAAUACCGACUAAACUUGAAUCUCAGAAACUUUUUACUCUAAUUUAAUUGUUCAUUAUUUAAAAUUACAUAAUGGACAAAUCUAGCAACAAAGGUGACAUGAAAGGGCUUUUGGUGGGCAUUGGUAAUCCCUUGCUGGACAUCUCUGCUAUUGUGGAUGAGAAUUUGCUGAAGAAAUAUGACUUGCAUCCUGAUGAUGCUAUUAUGGCAGAAGCUAAGCAUAUGCCAUUGUAUAAAGAGCUGAUGGAAAAGUACAAUGCAGAGUUCAUAGCAGGUGGCAGUGUUCAGAACUCACUUCGUGUUGCACAAUGGAUCCUGCGGACACCUGAUGUCUGCACUUACCUUGGUUGCGUUGGUGAUGACAACUAUGCUAAGAUACUCAAGGAGAGAGCAGAGGCUGAUGGUGUCCGCGUGCUGUACCAAGUGUGCGGCGAGGCAGCGACAGGUACGUGCGGUGUCCUGGUAACCGGCACGCAUCGCUCGCUCUGCGCCAACCUGGCCGCGGCGCAGCGUUUCACGCCCUCACACCUCGACACCGAUGCCUGCAGAACUGCGAUACAGUCCGCCAAGUUUAUAUACGCGUCGGGUUUCUUCGUGGCGGUGUCACCUGAGUCUAUAAUGCGGCUGGCAGAGCACUCGCAUAAUAACGGACUUACCUUCAUCAUGAACCUGAGUGCGCCGUUUGUGUCGCAGUUCUACAAGGAACCGCUGGAGAAGAUGAUACCCUACGUCGACAUAUUGUUUGGAAAUGAAACUGAAGCUGAAGCAUUUGCAAAAGCGUUUAACAUACCGGGCGAUAACUCUGAGCAGAUUGCGAAAAAUAUAGCCGCCCUUCCUAAAUUAAACAGCACAAAGCAAAGGGUGGUAGUAAUAACACAGGGCAGCGACCCUGUCAUCCUUGUGGAAGGUAACAAAGUUGCUUUAAUACCGGUUAGGAAAUUAGAUAAGGAACAGAUUGUUGAUACAAAUGGUGCUGGUGAUGCGUUUACUGGAGGGUUCCUUAGCCAACUUGUACUGGGUAAGUCUUAUGAAACAUGUGUGAAGUGUGGCAUCUACAGUGCAACUCAUAUCAUACAACAUUCAGGCUGUACUUUUAGCGGUGACAGUGAUUUUCAAGAAUGUUGAUGACAUAUAUCAAGUUAAAACGCAAUCUUAGACUGAUAUUGCAAUAACCGUUUAAUCUCAACAUAACGAAACAAAAUAUAAUAUUUAAACAGUCCGGUGACUAAACGUAAAGUAAGUGCAAUUAAUUACGGCAAAAAAUUGAAUGAAUCAUUUGUAAAAUCGAUUAUUUUAAUGGUAAUCGACUGUUUUCAUGUUUGUCAAUAUCUCUAUAAUGCACUGACAGCUGCUGUCAAACUGACAUUGACAUUAGUCAAACCAUAGACUGUAUGUCACCAAGCGUUUUUAUAUGGCUACACAGCACUUAUCGUAAAUGUCAACAAAUAAAACAAAUGAAUUACUUAAUAUAUAGUCCAUAGGUUAAUUGAUACCAAUAAUUAAUAUUUAAUUAUCUUUUCUCCACUUUCCAAACACUCAGUUUAAAUCGAAUAAUUGAUCAUCUUAGUAUUACAAAAAGAUCUGAUUGCAUAGAAAUUACCCCACAGAUAUUUCUCAAAGAGGUGCUUUUGAUAAUCACUUUUCCUCCAUUUUACGUCUAAAAUAAAAACGAAAAAGUUAAUAAAAUUCGUCAAUUUGUAAAAAAGCAAUAUAUUUUUCUAUAAUAUAAUAAUUUGAGGUUGUAUCGUCUCGGACAUUAUAUGUACUGAAAGUUUUCUAUUCUCAUCAAAUAAGCAUUCAAAUGAGCAUAAUAAACUGCCAUUGGUUUACCUAAAAAAGAAACAUGUCUUCAUUGUCGGAUUUUAUUGUGUGCCCUACUUGUGUUUUAUUUUAACCCCAUCUUUGUUUACCCAUUCCAAUAUUAGAAAUAAGUCUUCCAAAAUAUAUGUAAUUGAGGUAAAAUAGCUAGUUUUUUUUUCUUGUAAACGUGAAACAUAGUUUUAUAGAGUAAAUCAGCAUAGCUUAGUAUACAAGACUAGUUGUAAAUAAAUGUUUUCAUGUAGAAAAUUGUUGCUCUGUAUGUUAUAAUAGCCUUUUUUAUUAUAUAACUUAAGGUCUUGAAACUCACGAAUAUGUAACAACCAAGUUGUGUUUGUACUUAUAUGUUUGUAUUUGUUGUGAAAUAAAAAUAUCUUUUGUGAAA